GCCAAAGCGACCACUGAGGCCGGCUGGGUACCUGGUACCACGCGCGGAAACUGGCGCUCUGCUAGCAAGUGUCGCAGUGCCAUUGGCCGUCGCCCCCCAAUCGCCCCCGGCUGCAAUGGAUGGAGGAACGACAAAGCUCGACUGGGACACCACCUCUUCACCAAACCUCCAAAAAAAUCCCACCACUGGCCAACCUUGGCAGCCUCCCUAGCCGCCCGCCUACGGCACAAUCCCUCUGCCUCCGCAACCUCGCCCGAGCGGCCCCCAGUCGGCCACCCAGCAGCGUUGGAGCAGCCCACGAUCUCCCUAGGAAACCGCGAGCAGAUUCGUGUGUUGACCCGCUCCCGCGCUCCUCAAACGAGGGCAGUUAGUCCUCGAGCCAGCCUUCUCGCAAGUUCAAGCACGCCGGGCAGCCGACCAGCUCCUAACGUGGCACACGACGGCCAAGCUCAUCCCGGCCCAGACCCAAGUCGAAGCCGCACUCGGCGGUCCUGAUCCGGCUCGACGGGGCGUGGCGAGCCAGAAGCGGCAGGGCUCCAGCUCGGUGGUGGCAGUUGGAGGUUGAGGAAUAGGCACUGGCUGCCGCUGCUGCCCUUGUGUCCCAUCGCCGUUCGGCCCCCGGCGCGGGCUAGGAGCCGGCCAUGAGCUUCGAACGCGGGACCGCGUAUGCCGAGUCGGACGCGGAUGAUGAAUACGAAAGAGACAUACACGACAGUUCGCCCAUCGACGCCACCGACGCCGAGGGGUCGCCUACUGAGUCCAACCCUCCAUCAAACGAACACACACCGACCACGUAUGGCUAUCGUAGCAGCGCUGAUCGACUGCCGGAGACCAUCAUCUCAGAAUGGACUGCCGAUGAGUGCGCCGACUUCAUCGCCACCAUCGGCCUGGAGCAGUACUCAGCCCGGUUUGUUGAAAACGAGAUAGUGGGCGAAGCGCUGGUCGCGUUGCAGCAUGAUGACCUCAAGUCCAUGGGCAUCAACAGCGUCGGCCAUCGUCUCACCAUACUCAAAAGCGUUUACGACGUUAAGAAGGCCCAGGAUGUGCCGACAGAGAGCGACCACUACGUGCCAUUGUCCGCGGAAAACGAAUCGCAGUACGCUACCGCCAAAGAGGAUAUCAAGCAUAUUGUGGAGCAGUUGAGGCUGCGCGACGAGCGGAUGAACCAUUUUGAACAGGACCUGCGCCGACUGGCCGAGGACUUUCGAAGGUUGCGGGAGGACAUGCUCCCAGCGCUGCGGCUAGCCAAGGAUGCACAGCAGCCGUUGCCUCAUCUCAGCGGCGCCAGCCAGCCCUACAGCUACGAUGCUACGAUUUCGCCACCGGCGCCAACGCCUUUGUCGGCUAGCCAGUCUAGCGGCGGGCUCAAGCGGCAGUGGUCCACCAAGAAGAUCAUGCUCGGCACGACGCCAAAGGCCACGUCGCCGACGCACCUGCAGACGGCCCACGACAGGUCCAUCGUGGAGCAGACAUUGAGUCCGGCGAGCGCGGCCGAGAGGGCUGUCAUGUCAUCGAGCCAUCUUUCCAUCAACGGAAUCGGGCAGCAGGCCCCGUCCCCGUCGUAUCCGUCGCCCAACAUUCCGUCUCCAACGUCGCCGCCAACGACGCUCGGCGGAACCACGUUGGCAUCGAGGUCGUAUCGCUCCGACCAGCCGACCCCGUCCAGUCGGUCGACGUUCAACGAGAACGACUACGGGUACGGCGGGCGCGAAAAGCCGGUGGCGCCCCGGAGGAUGCAGACGCCGGCCCCCGACACACCAAGCUCGGCCAGCAACUCGGUCGAAAUAUUCAAAUCCUUCAGGGUCAGCAUGGACGACCCGUGCUACAAGGUCCUGCCGGCGGCGCUUAAGAAGUAUCAGAUCAACGCGCCGGCUGACCAGUACGCGCUGUACAUUGUGUACGGGGACCAGGAGCGGUGCCUCGGUCUGGACGAGAAGCCUCUUAUUCUCUUCAAGCAGCUGGACAAGGAGGGUAAGAAGCCCAUGUUCAUGCUCAGGAAGACAAACACAUCGCAGGCAGACCUGGCAGGCGAGGUUCCGGGGAGCGCAGGCUUGGGGGGUUCGGCACGUGGGGCCGCUACCGGGUAUGAUCCGCCGGGCGGGAUCAUAUGAGGGAGAGGAGAGUUAUGGCCUCUGGGUAUCCAGCUGACCUGCUUGGCGGGCCAGAGCCCUUGUCAUUGGGAUGUGUCUCUUUGGUGGCGGUGGGAUCUCCGCCUAUCCAUUCAGUUAGGCCAAGGGCAUGGAAGCCAACGUUGCGCCUCGGAGAUUUGUGUGUCUUUAUUUUUAUUUCCACCAUCUGUCUGCUUUUAUGCUGAGUUUUCGGUCUUGUCUCUUCGCUAGUUAUCCUUCCUCACCUGCUUUCUCUUGUUGUCAAUUGCUUGAUUAAUGUUUUAUUUUGCAUCCCGCUGCCCGUUCGCCUGUCUUCUGCCUAUUUCGUCGUUCGCUCUUACUUGGGGUAUCUUGCCUGCCCGAUCUCGUUCCGUCUAUAUCAGGCACCUCCACUCAUGAUCACGGACAUGUGUGUUCAUGCCUAUGCCGUUGCACACAUUGCACUCGCUCACCACCACGCCCAACUCUCCUUCAUUCCCUCCCGCCUCCAUCUCCUGGUCUCUGCGUCUUUAUCUCCAUCGCUUCACUCCACGUCUCCUGGAUACAACCUUGUUACGACACGUAUGUGCAGAUGCCUGCCGGUCCGUCUUGCCAUUGUAGGUAUAGUGGCACGCAAAUCGCUGAGAAUCAGCUGGACGUGUGCGCGGGCGCAACCAUGUAUGCAUGCGCUGCUCCAGGUGCGCACGCAGCCUGUGUUUUAUACAAUGUCUUGCAUCGUUGUAGUUUGUUGACUUGUAUUUUCUCACAUGGAUUACUGGGCCUCCCGCGGCGAGUGGGGAAAGAAAAGGGUGGGAUAAAAAGAAAAUGGGCUAAAAAUAAGAUACCGAAGGAAAAGAAGGAAAUAGUAUGGGAAAAAAGGAUGCCAAAGGUUGCUUUUUUUCUUUCGACACGAUUUUGCUGGUCCGAGGUGGCCAACGACAACACACCUAAACGCCGAGCACGUAUGGGCACACGCGUUUCCAGAUCGAGGUUUUGUGGAUGUCUUAUUUUCCCCACCAAGCAUUUGCGUGAUAUCGAAGAAGGGGUUUGGGACAUCGUAAUGCGGUGAUUAUAUUGAGUAAACUCUCUGAUUAUACGUUGUGAUGAGGGCGACUACGCUGAAACAAGGUACCUGAGUUGGCAUUGAUGUCAGGUUAUUCGUGCGUCCAGCGACUCACUGCACUCCUACCUUG